AUAUCUGUAUUGUUUGGAGCGAAAAUAAAAAAAAUUUAGUUUUCAUUUCAUAAUUCACCAACCUUCAAACUGGAUACACAUACAAAAUGUUAAUAUUCAAAAUUUUUAGUUUUUUCCUACUUUUUUAUAUUGCUAACACAAAGCGGACUAUAAACUGGAAUAAAGAGGAAAUUGAAAGGACUGUGAAGCCAAGUGUUAGAAAAUUUAAAAAUUCAUGGCAAUAUAACAUGUACGAAGGACCAUUCUAUCAAUACAAAAAACAUUUUGGAAUAAUAAUUAAAAAAAAUACAACUUUUACACUAACGAUAGAAACUUCAAAAGAUAUUGAAGAAUUAAAAUUUUUCUGUCCUACUCAAAAAACAGAAAACUUCAUAGAAGUAGAUUUUCAUUCUAAUGGAAAUAGUACAACAGAAUUAACAACAAAUUUUGAUUGCGUUCCACUAUUAUCAGUUUCAUAUAAUGUACCAGUGGUGGUAAAAAUUAAAACUAAAAAUUGGACAAUUUUACCUAUAUUUGAUUCGAGAAAUUUAACUUUUCUCACCUCACAAAAACAUGAACAUAAAUUUUACAAAAAGAUUCAAACUUAUGGUUUUGUUGAAAAUUAUUAUACACAAAUGUUAGUGUCAGCAAAUGAUAUUAAAGAAAUAUUAUCAAAAAAUUUGAGUUUAUUUGUUGGAUUGCAAAAUCAAGUGGAUAUUAUAAAAUAUUACAAUUAUUUAACAGGUGCUAGUCGAUAUGUCGAUGCAAAUGAUUCAUUAUCAUAUUUUUUAGUAAACAAGCAACGGUUUUUCUUUCGCACAGAAAGAAAUAGUGAACUAGCAUAUUCAAAUCAGAAUUGGAUAGUAUUUUCUGAGGGAAUAAAAAAUACUUUACAAUCAAAUCGUGGUCGGAAAUGGGUUACAUUACAUGAAAUUGCCCAUUAUUAUGACAUAUCAAAUGAUGCUUUCGGUUUUGGACCAACAGUUGAAAUAUGGACAAAUAUUUUUUCUGCUUUAUAUCAAAAUAAAUUUAUUUCCAAGAAUUAUUGGUUUAAAUUUUCAAAAUCAGAUGAGAAAAAUUUUAUAUCUUUUUAUCAAAACAAUGUUCCUUUUGUACAGUGGGGUAAAAGAGAAAAACUCCAAUUUUUAUUGAAUUUAUUUGCCUAUGAUGGUACGGAUAAGUCUUUUAGAGAAUUUAACAUUCGUUACUAUUCAAAAGAACAUAUACACAAGAAUGUUGUAAUUCCAUUAAUUUUAGAAGUAUUUUUCGAUCUUUACAAUAUAAAUUUAUUGCCAUUUUUAAAGAAAGUAAUUAAUUUUAAUGUUACUACUCCUUUAGUAAAUCCUGAUUUAGAAUUACGACUUUUAUCUGCUAAUCCUGUAAUGCCUGCUAUUGAUUUUAAUCUAAAGCCAACAGAAUUGUCAGCCAGAAGUAGAGAAAAAGAUUGGCGUCAAUCUUUACCUUUAAUGUUAAUACGAAAAAUGAAGAAAAAAUAUGUCAAUGUUACUUUUACAAUUGAAUCACCAAUUGAUAUCACAAAUAGUUGUCUUUAUUUGAAUAACAAUUGUCAUACUAUUGUUGGAAAACUAAUAAAUAUUAAAUUACUUUCUGAUGUUUAUUCUUCUUAUAUAGCCAAAGAAGAAAAUGGAAAUCUUUAUAUUAGUGAUGUGAACUAUCACAUUAUUUCCCAAGAAACAAAAAUUCAUUUGAUAGUUAAUGAAAUUACACAAAAUAGUGUAUUUUUACCAUUAGUGUAUUAUGAAUUUGAUGCUUUCGGUUUUUCUGACAGGCGUUUUUUAAAAAUAUUUAUAAACUUCAAAACUAUGACAAUAGGAAUACAACAACUUUUUGGCACAAUUCAUGAUUAUUUUUCGGAUGAAUUAUAUUUUUCGAUAAGUUUAAAACGAAAUGGUUCUUUAAUUUUUAAUUACGAUUUUUUUGGCACACAGGAAAAUGAACAGCUUAUAAAUGUAACACAUAAAUUGAAAGUUAAUGAUAAAAUUUAUAUGUUCCAUGCAGAACCAAGUCGUCUAAUGUUUAAUUCAAAGGAAUAUAAUAAUUUAGAAAAUAAUACUUUUGUCCUGACAAAUAUUGGUUUAAAAGAUGUUAAUGACAAUAAUUUUAAAUUUCUUUUUUUAGAUAUUAAAAGAAUUGAUGAAUUUAAUUCAAAUUAUAAUAUAGAAUUAAGCAACAAUGCAUUGUAUCAAAUUUAUUUUUCACAUUAUAUUCGUAGGUUACGUUUUAAUAAUAUGAUUGAAUAUAUUCCAAAGUCUUGGAUUGAAUGGCAGAACCAAAAUUUGUUCCUGAUUGAAAAUGUUCCUUAGAAUAGCAAUAUUCGUCGAUCAAAUGGAAGGAAUAAUUUAUUGUAAUUAUAAUUUUUCACAAUUUUUUUUAGAACUUUAUAUUAACAUUCAGAUUGAUAAAAUUUGUCGGUUAAUUUAUUUUUACCUAAUAGUGUAAUAAUAAUAAUGAUAAUAAUAAUAAAACUGACAUUAUUUACUAUUUAAUGACCUUGUGCUAAUUUAAGACAUGUUCAGUAUCAAAAUUUUAAACUUUUUUUUCUUAUUUGUAUGUAUUUUUCAUUUUAAUAAAAAGCUGUGAAUUUACAUAUGUAAAAAAUUAUUUGUUAAAUAAAUAUAUGUUGCAAUAAUUAUA